AGCGAGUACUGAUACAAUUUUCACCGUUGCCUUCUGCACUUUGGACGCACACAAUUUCACUAUUUUUCUUGAGCCAAGAUGGCGAGAUCCCUGUACCGAGUUUGGAACCACGGUCGCUACCUGGGCACGCUCUCGAGACCCUUCUCUGCGACCACGGACGCAUUGGUGGAGACGCAGGUCAAGCCUGGCGAGAUCGGUAUGGUCUCUGGCAUCCCCGACGAGCAUCUUCGCAGGAGGGUGGUAAUUUACUCACCAGCUAGAACUGCAACGCAACAAGGAUCUGGAAAAGUUGGAAGGUGGAAAAUCAAUUUUAUGUCAACGCAAAAGUGGGAAAAUCCAUUGAUGGGUUGGACAUCCACAGGGGAUCCAUAUGCCAAUGUUGGUGAUGCUGCACUCGGUUUUGAUAGUGAAGAAGCUGCAAAGUCAUUUGCCGAGCGACAUGGUUGGGAGUAUGUGGUCAGAAAGCAUCACACACCGCUAUUAAAGGUCAAGUCAUAUGCAGAUAAUUUCAAGUUUAAGGGUUUUCCCAAAACAGAGGGCAAGUGAUUGUAUCUCACCUACUAGGUUUCCUGGUUCUACAAAAGUGCAAAAUGGUUUGCAAUUUUUUUCACCGCACAUUUUGAGCAUGUGGCUGCAAUAUACUGUCUGGCAAAACCUUUGUUCCAAGUGAUUGCUUUAUUAUAAUAAAUUGAAUUGGUAGGUAUGCUCUUUUGCAAAUUUUCUGUGAGUUUUUCUCUCGUUAAGGUACAAUAAAGUCAUUUUCAUGUCCUUGGUUUA